ACGGCCUUCACGCCCGCCGGCCUUGCCCUCCUGGGGCAGACGUACCGGCCUGGCCCGCGCAAGAACCUCGUCUUCGCCAUCUGGGGCGCCUUUGCCUGCCUGGGCUUCUACUUUGGCAUCUUCAUGGGCGCCGUCUGCGCCGACUUCCUCACCUGGCGCUGGUACUUCUUCAUCGGCACCGUCAUCGUCUUCUGCAUCGCCUUCACCGGCUUCCUCACCAUCCCGCGGAACCUGCACCAGCAGGACGGGAGCAUCCGCAUGGACUGGUGGGGGCUCUGCACGAUUGUUCCCGGGCUGGUCCUCGUCGUCUUCGCCUUUACCGACGGGGGACACGCGCCCAAGGGCUGGCAGACGCCGUACAUUUACGUGACGUUCCUGAUUGGCGUCCUGUUUCUCGUUGCGGGCGUCUACACGCAGGGCUGGGUGUCUGCUCAGCCGCUGGUGCCGGCGGAUCUGUUCCGGCCAAAGUACAUGAAGCGGCUGUCCCUGGCCUUGUUCUGCUUGUACGGCGUGUUUGGCCUGUAUCUGUUCUACUCGAGCUACUACAUCGAAACGGUGCUCAACACCAGCCCCAUCCUCACGGCAGCCUGGUUCACCCCCCUAGCCAUUGGCGGCGUGUGCCUCGCCGUCGGCGGCGGCUUCGUCAUGCACAUGGUCUCGAACCGCAUCCUCAUGCUCAUCUCCAGCGUCGGCUUCUUGUUAUCAGUCCUCCUCUUCGCCCUCAUCCCCGACCGCCGCGCCGACGGCACCCCGUCCACGAGCUUUCUCUACUGGGCGUACAUCUUCCCCGCCAUGCUCUGCGGCACCAUCGGCGUCGACAUCACGUACAACGUCACAAACGUCUUCAUCACCACCUCCAUGCCGCGCCGCCUGCAGGCCACCGCCGGCGGGCUCAUCAACACGCUGCUGUACCUCGGCCUGGCGUUUUGGCUGGGCAUCGCCGAGAUGGCCGUUUCCGAGGCCAACCGGCGCGCGCUGCCGGAGGGCUUGACCCUGAGGCAGCAGUACAAGAUUGGCUUCUGGAUCGGGGUUGCGUUGGCGGGGGUGUCGAUGGCGAUGGUGUUGACGAUCAAGAUUGAUCGGGCGGCGGCGGAGCUGACGGCGGAUGAGAAGGCGGCGAGGGCGGAGCGCGAG